ACUCCGAGGCGCCCGACCGAAGCAGCGGAGGUCAGCAGCGCAAGUGGGUCCCCGCCCCCGGCCAGGCAAGAUGCCCCUGGGGCUACGGGUAAAGAAGAUGGGCAAGUCCAAGGAGACAUACCGGCUAGUGGAGGGCGAGCAGGCGACCGCGGACCGCGGCAGGCUCCCGGCGCCCCCGGUUGCCCGACCCAGGAUGGUUUUCCACACGCAGCUAGCGCACGGCAGCGCCACGGGGCGAGUGGAGAAUUUUUCUAGCAUCCGGGAGCUCUACACCAAGAUCGCGAGCGUGUUCGAGAUCGCGCCUUCCGAGAUCUUAUAUUGCACUUUAAACACACCAAAAGUUGACAUGGAAAAACUCUUAGGAUCACAAAUAGGUCUUGAAGAUUUUAUAUUUGCUCAUGUGAAAGGGAUCAAAAAGGAAGUGAGUGUGUAUAAAUCUGAGGAUUCACUUGGUCUCACCAUUACAGAUAAUGGUGUUGGCUAUGCUUUUAUAAAGAAAAUUAAAGAUGGCAGCAUAACUGACUCAGUUAAAACAAUCUGUGUGGGAGAUCACAUUGAAUGCAUAAAUGGAGAAAAUAUUGCUGGCUGGCGUCAUUUUGAGGUUGCUAAGAAGUUAAAGGAAUUAAAAAAGGAGGAACUCUUUACCUUGACGUUAAUAGAACCUAAGAAGGCAUUUGUGAUGGUGGCUAGGAGAAGUGCCGGUGGGAGCCCGGGGUACCUAGCUAGUCCAAAAAUUGGUACAGGAAGGGAGACACUUCGCCUGAGAUCAAAAGGUCCUGCCACUGUGGAAGAAAUGCCCUCUGAAACCAAUGCCAAGGCAAUUGAAAAGGUUGAUGAUCUUCUUGAAUUGUACAUGGGAAUUCGAGAUACUGAUUUAGCUUCCACAAUAUUUGAAGCUGGAAAGGACAAACGCAAUCCGGAUGAAUUUGCUGUGGCGCUUGACCAAACUCUGGGAGACUUUGCAUUCCCAGAUGAAUUUGUCUUUGAUGCCUGGGGAGCCAUCGGUGAUGCCAGACGAGGAUGCUCAUGAUGCGG